AUGAAAUGCUCGAAGGGUUUCACACCGGGCACGCCGAGUGCGGCCGACUUCCGGGACGGGAAUGCGUUUGAAAAGCCAGAAAUAAAACUAAAGAUUCUGAUUGUAUUCUAUUUUUCAGAGCUCUCAGUGGGCCUCCGAAACGUCCGGGUCACGGUCCCUACCUCCGUCCGGAAGGGUGACCCGGUGCAUCUGUACUGCGAGUACGAGCUCGAGGACAACGAGCGGCUCUACUCCAUCAAGUGGUACAAGGGCAAACGGGAGUUCUACCGGUACACUCCGCAGGUGCACCCAUCGGUGCAGGUGUUUAGCACCGCCAGCGGCAUCGAAGUCGAGCGGUCCCUGUCGAACGAGAGCCACGUCGUCCUGAGGGCGGUCGAGACGAACAACUCGGGAAAGUACAGCUGCGAGGUAUCGGCCGACGCGCCCUCGUUCCACACGAUCAUCGUCUCCGGGGACAUGGAGGUCGUAGAGCCACCCCGGGAGCAGCCCUCGGUGACGGGGCUUCAGGCACGGUACCGGCCGGGCGACAUCCUGCGGGCCAACUGCACCUCGCAUAACUCUAAGCCGGCGGCAAAUUUGACGUGGACGAUUAAUGAUGCACCGAUCCCACCUCAGUACGCCAAGCUGUACCGGCCGGUGAAGGACAGCUUCAGUGGCCUGGAGUCGUCGAUGCUCGGUCUGCACAUUAUGGUGUCACACGACCACUUCCUGAAGGGCAAACUGAAGCUGCGGUGUGCGGCAUCGAUACACCAGAUCUACCACGAGAGCGUCGAGCAGCAGAUACCGGAGGACCGGCCCCGGAUACUGGCGACCGGGGUGUCGGCCAGUGGCCACAGCAUCAACCUCUACCACGGGACGGUCCAGGAGAACGAGCUGACGGAUCAGAGCGACGCCUAUCUGACGAUGCACGGUUACAAAGCGGAUAACUCGUCUCCCCUGUCGUCGUCGUCCGGCAGCCUGCAGAUCGACUCGUACGUCAAGGUGUGCUGGAUCACGUUCUACAUCUGCAUCAUCUGCACGGUGAUGGUGUACUCGAUACGCUACCUGAUGGUCACCUGA